AUGGAUCACAAAGAAUCUAACAGAAGAAUUGGAGCUCUGAAAUCUACGUCUUCUCUUGUAGAACUAACCAGUAAAUCUGGCGAUCAUGCUGCUCAUCCACCAUUUACAAAAGGUGCGUCAACUGGAACCUAUGCACCUAUAAGGUCAUCUGAUGGUUGUUCGCCAAGUACAUUUAGUUGUCAAUUACCACGAACAUCUCCCGAGUAUUCAACAACAUCUUCAAACCCAUCUCGUGCUGCAUUUCUUUCACGUCAGGCAUCUUUUGACCAAGGUGGUGAGGGUCGUCUUUCUUCAACUCAAGUUAAACAACGUUUAAAGGCUUAUCUGCUUAAUCGUCGGCGUGGGCGUGUCCUUGCUAACAGACACUGGAGAGCAGAUGGUAAAGUAUGCGGCUCAUCACAAAAUCCCUUCACCGAAUCAGACUUUGAUGAAAGUUUAGAACACUCAGGAAGUGAAUCAUGUCAACAAGGAAUGUGUCAUAUAGGUGAUCACUGGCACAGUGCUGACUCUCCAGGUUUCAGUGAAUGGGAUUUAGCUGAUGAAAAUGUACCGGUACAUCAGCAUCAUUCAUUGGACUUAGAUAUGCAAAGAAAGCUAGUCGAUUAUAAUGCUUCAAUAAAGCCAACAUGUCUUUCAUCGAGUGUUGAACAUGCCGCCUCUCAUACACCAUCAUUUCUUCAAUCUGAUCAUAUAACAUCUAUGCUAAGUCCUGUACAUAUCCAAUCAUCAUCAUCAUCGUCACAACAACAGCAACAUCCACACCAACAUGAACAACACCAACAAUCUCAACUAAUAGAUGAUGUAGACUUGAAAAAAUCCAAUGAAUUCUUGGAACGUUUACACUAUCAUUUAGUUUCAAAGUAUAAUGAUCGGUUAACAAGUGAACAGAUACAAGCAAUGAUUGCCCUUCUUAAAAUGAUUAGUCAAUCAAAACGACAGAUAAAAAAGAUUUCGUCACAAUCAGAUGCUUUAGAGGAAGAGAUGCGGGUGACUGAAAAUUGUGUUGAAGAACAAGAGUCUGUUCCUGUGUCUGAUGUCAGUACAGAUAUGAACUAUCAUAAUGCUUUAUCUGUGCUUGUAAAAAUGUGUCAAGGAUCGUCAGCUCAAUCGAAUAUUCUAGAAUCGCAUUAUCAUCAUCAUCAGACUGCAAUGCAUACAUCGCCAACUUUAUGCUGUACUACAACAUCAAAUAAUGAUGAAAUGGAUUGGGAGAGUCAAUUGGCAAAUUCUAAUAUCCGGAAUAUUGUAUACAACACUUCACAAGUGAAUCCAUCAAUUGAUGUGCACCAUCUGUUAGCCUCUAAUAAUACUAAUAAUGGUUCUAAUAUUCUCCGUAAUUGUAAUAAUGAGAGAUGUGGUGAUGAUGAUGAUACUGAUACUGACGUUUCAAAUAGUUCUAAGAAAAAUAAUAAUAAUAAUAACAUCAAUUCACAGAAUAUAUAUAAACUAGCUUCAGAUAUUUGGUCUGCUCUCCCUGAGAAUGACUGGCUUCAUUGCAAUCGUGAUACAGAUGUAAAAACUGCAUCUUGUUAUCCAAGUGUCGUUUCCAAUGACAGUUCAAUAACUGCGAUAGCCUUUGAUCCAGAUAUGCUUGAACAUAAAUGUAUUUGUCUUCAUGCUCAUGAUUCAACUAUUCAUCCUGAAUGUCCAGAUCGAUUAACUUUUGCUCUUCAGCGUCUUGUACAUAUACCUCUUCGUAUCCCUUUACAUAUGUUACCGUAUGCAUCGAAUAAUUUAAUUGAAAAUUUAAAAACAACUGUAUUAUGUGAUAAUCCUGAUUUACAAUAUGAUUUUAGUCAAUUUUUAAAAACUCGACCAGAUAUGGCAGAAACAUUAGUUACACAUUUACCAUUGUUGGCAUUUUGUCGUCUGAUUCGUGCACGAAUGGCUACAGAAGAUGAAUUACGCAUAUUCCAUACACUGGAUUAUGUUCAAGCAUUUGGAUCUGUUCCCAGUUUAUCGAAUAAAAACGCAUCUAUUCAUCCUGAAAGUGAGGCUAAAACUAGAACUAGCAGAUCUCAAUCGUUAGAUUCACAAGAAGAAGCAUUAUCAUUCGGUUGUACAACUGGUGAUCAUGGAUUGUCGUUAUUAAAUUCCUGUACUAAUACUAGCCUGUCAAAUCGAUUAUGCUCGCUAGCCUGUGGUGGUGUCGGUGUUGAUUCAGAUACAGUAUGGAAUCCUAAGAAGACGGCACGUGCUGCUCGAUUAGCUGUGGGUCAAGUGUUGUGUUUAGCUCAUCGGGUAGCUAAACGUCAAUUCCGUAAUGGAUUCGCUAUUGUCCGCCCCCCUGGUCAUCAUGCAGAACCUGAUCAAGCCAUGGGAUUUUGUUAUUUUAAUUCUGUUGCAAUAGCUGCACUGCAUUUACUCCGUGAAGGUAUUGUCUCAAAAGUUUUAAUUCUUGACUGGGACAUACAUCAUGGCAAUGGAACUAAGCUAGCUGCAACACAUCCUGGCCUAGUGUAUUUAAGUCUGCAUAGAUACGAUGGUGGAACAUUUUUUCCUGGUACAGGUUCAGUCAAUAAUUGUACAGAUGAAAGUCAAUCAACGCUAAAAAUUUCUUGUCAAAGUGAUACAAGCACUACUACUAUGACUACGACUACGACUAAUAAUAACACGACAACUCCUGUGAUCACCUCCUCCCAUAAUCCCAGUGUUAAUACUACUUCCGCGAAUUUGUCAAAAUCAUUCGAUAAAGAUAUUGGCCAAACUGUGGAGACAGAUAUCCUUAAGCCUACUGGUCUGCUGAGUUCUGAUGAUUUCUCAAAGAAACCUAUUCCAAUGUCUCAGGUGAUAAAUAUUGCAUGGGAAAAUCCACACAGCAGUGUCGGUUGCCCUUGUUGCGGUAACUUAGAGACUGUUAGAUCACAAAUGAAACGUCGAUCAAGUGCUGGUACCGGUAAAGCUUAUAGUGUAGACGCUGUUGAACGGAGGAAAGGAUGGUUUCAAGAUUCUGCGAAUCGAUCGAUACAACAAAAACAAGUAUUGUGCAAUCCUGGUGAUAAUGUCGUUGAAGGUGCUGCACCACCAUGUAGACAACAUCAUCAAAGUUAUUCGGAUAAAUCAAAUUCAUCUGAACCAGAGAAAUCUUCCUCUUCAUUAUCCUCAUUUUCAUCAUCAUCAUGUCGAUGUUCAAUACAAUGUCGACAUGAUACUGUCGACUUACCAUAUUGUACAUGUUCAUUAUCAUUGAAUCAACAAACAAGUACAGGUGGUGGUGGUAGUAUUAGUAGUAAUAGUAGUAGUAGUACUCAGAUGUGUUCAUUUUGUUUAUCCCAGUCAAUUCGUUCAUCAUCACCACCACCACCUUUAUCAUAUAUUCGAACAAAUUCUGGAUUAUUAUUUAAUGCUUCACAAUCGAUUGAAUCAUGUUCUGAUGAUAAAUCAGAUAUCCUGUUAUCGGAUACAAAUCAAUCCCAGUGUCAAUUUCACUCACGUCAUCAACAUCAUCAUCAUCACCACCAUUAUCAUCAUCACUAUCAACAGACAGAAAGGAAAUCACUGCCUCAUCAGUCUUCAUCAUCAACGACAUCAUCGUCAGCCGCGGCGGCAGCAGCAGCAGCACAACAUCGUCCUAGGAAUGAACCUUUACUGGGUUUAAGUGAUGCAGAAUAUUUAGCUGCAAUGCGAUCUGUUGUUAUACCUGUUGGACAUGAAUUUCAACCAGAUAUUAUCUUAAUCUCAGCUGGUUAUGAUGCUGCUUAUGGUCACGGAGAAGCACUCGGUGGUUAUUCUGUAUCAGCUGGUCUGUUCGCAUGGAUUACACAUCAGUGUAUGUCCAUAUCAAACAGUCGUAUAGUCUUGGCUUUAGAAGGUGGUUAUUCUCCGGCAACAGUAGCUGAUUGUAUUACAUCAUGCUUAAAUGCUUUAUUACUUCCAGCGUCACAAACUCACUGGAUACCUGUCUUGAACGAUGAUCCAUCGAAUCAAUGUAUUGAUGUUAAUGGUGCUCAAGAGGCAUGGAUGAAUGCCUCAUAUUGGAUACCAAAGUCUGAGUUAAUUCGUCCGCCUAGACCAGAAGCUGUUGUCAAUCUGAUGACUACAAUACGACAUCAUGCUAAAACUGGUUGGAAAUGUUUUACAAAUGUAUCUGAAGAGAUUGUUGCAAUGUCAUUUUCUGAAGCUAUUCACAUGGAGCAUCAAUUAAUUGAAAGAAAUAAAGAGACUGAACUUAGUGCAAUAAAGAGUAGAAAAUUAAAUGACAAUAAUAAUAUGAUGUCUUAUGCGCCAACAACUACACCUACAACGACGAUGACGACGCCAGUGAAUCCAUCUGGCAUUGCAUCGACGAUAGCAGCAACAGCAACAGCAGCCACAACAACUCCCUAUGGAUUUAGUAAUUCACCUUUGUCUGAUUAUAUGGCUAAAUUACAUAUGGAUCAAACUUGAAUCGAUUGCUGCUGCAGAUUAUAUAUAGAGAACAGAAAUUUCCCCCCCCCCCCCCACCUUCACCGCCAUCCCUAAAAUGUCUGUAACUUAUCUUCCCCCCCCCC